AUGGGCGCUUUCGUGCAAGAAUGUGGCUGCAAAGGCGUCCGAUUCUGUGCUCUUUGCGAGACGACAGAACGAGUGAAAAAACUGAGGAUCGAGGAGGGAAAGUACACCAAGUACAAGGUAAUACGAAAAGAGAAACUAAAUUCAUAUUUCCUUUACAGGUUUUCAUCUACGAUCACCUUCGUCAGCUUGCCAUUCCCACCAGUAAUUUGGACUCCAAAUCGUCUUUAGAAGAGAUUAUCAAAGGUUCGUUUGCUUGCUAAGACUGUCCGCGGAAUGGAGAAUGUUCAGAAUCCGAAGCAUGCCACUUUGCACCGGCCGACGGAUCCAUCCAAAUCGACGGACUCACUCUCAUUCGUGAUUUUCUAUCGGACAACGAAGAAAACAAGAUUCUAGACAUGAUAGAAACUGUCGAAUGGGUUCAGUCGCAAAGUGGCCGAAGAAAGCAAGUAAGUCCCGAAAACAGCGUCAACCUCAUCAAUAUGACAAGUUCAGGACUACGGACCGAAGGUCAAUUUCAAGCACAAAAAGGUGAAGACGGACACGUUCAUCGGAAUGCCAGAGUACGCCGACAUGCUUUUGGACAAGAUGAAAGAUUACGACGAGAAGAAACUCGGCAACUAUCAGCCAUUCGAAAUGUGCAAUCUGGAGUAUGAAGAGGUAAAGAAGAGUGCCAUAGAGAUGCAUCAGGACGACAUGUGGAUCUGGGGAAACCGUCUUAUAAGGUGAACUACGGUGUGCUUUACUGUAUUGUUUGACGCUGUAAUUUGCAGUAUAAAUAUGAUCAAUGGCUCUGUGAUGACUCUCUCUAACGACGCGAAGGACUCCCUCUGCUACGUUCUCAUGCCGCAUCGCUCUCUGAUUUGUAUGGCCGACGAGUGCAGAUACGAUUGGAAACACGGCGUGCUGGCUCAUCACAUUCGCGGAAGGAGGAUAGCAUUGACGAUGCGGGAAGCAGCGAAGGACUUCCAGGAGGGCGGAGAACUCUACGAAAAGUACGGCGCCGAACUGAUUCGUCUCGGAAACAUCCGCGUUCCGCUUUCUCAAAACACCGCGUGAUACAUAUUUCGUUAUUAUAAUAUUUGGUCUUUAUCAUAUCAUUCUUGAUAGCUCGACGCAAAUCUUAAGGAAAUUUUUAUUACGGUCCAAAUGCAGCCAAACGAUACGAGGAGAUCAGUCGGUUAGAGUCCAGCUGCAGAGGGUCAACAUUCAGGAUUACGGUCCGAAUGCAGCCAAACGAUACGAGGAGAUCAGUCAGUUAGAGUCUACGUCGCUCCUGCACGAAAGUCCGUCCAUCUGAACCGAACCGUCACCUCCGAGUCAUUUCCUUCGCAUUCUGAGCCGUUGCCAUUGAUAGGUCGUUGCCAAUCCAUGCAGAGCUGCGAUUUGACCACAGAUGUGUUGCUGGCGUUGUUCCGACCCCUUCAAACGAACCGCCGCUUUCUGCUAAGAAAUAGACUGUCCCAAACUGAUCUGAUUCUCGUACUAACCCUAUUGUUGUUUCGUUUUCACCCAAAUAAAUUAAAGUGACGUUAGUGUUUGGUCUCUAUGUAAUUAUGGAACACUUAUCGACCGACCGCCGUCAACACGUGUCAUCACGGGCGAAAACAGGUCGGUUUGGUGGUUGUGACGUCCGUGUUUGGGGAGAGCCAGGACGAGGACAAAGGGUGGAAAGACCAUGUGACGGGCUAGAUAACGGGGGAAAUGGGAGUUAUGAUAACGGCCGGACGGGAGCGGAAUGACCGGUGCUCCAUUCGAAUUGAAUGUAAUCAGUUGAGAGACGUUUUUGCAGACGAAGCGCAAGGACCGACGUAAGCGAACACGCUCUAUCAAAUAUCAAACGAGUCGACGCGAUUGGCACAAUGCCCAUUUCAACAUUUCAACUGGAAAAUGGGGGGAAAUUGAAAUUACACGGGGAGUCGAGCACGACGUCGAAGGCUGAAAACAAGUUGAACCGGUAAACAACCGUCGCUUUCCCUCCCUUCCUCCCAAACCGUUUCAAUUUCUGAUCAAUGUUUUUGAAAAGCGGAAAUAAUUUCGAACGAAACAGAAAGUUUUCGGUACCCCCCGUUAGAUAGCUAUCUGGAAGCUGUUUCUCAUAGAAUCUUCUGCAGAGGUAAAUUAAAGGAACAAACAGCGAAGGGAACUCUCGAGAGCACAUUAAUAUGCCACACAGUUUGUUUAGUCAUUCUGUUGUCAUCUGGGGUUGAUUUUGUGCACUCGAUGGAUACUUUCCUGAGGUUCAGCGGAGAUGAAACAAUCUGUGAUCAUCAUAACAAUAAUUCAAUCUCGAUUAUCGGCAAUUCUUGAAGCGUUUUUGCUUUCAAUGAUCAAUAGAGGAUCCUAAAUCAGAAGACUCAUAGAACACAAUGCAACCGUGCCUUUUCCACAUUCGUCGUCGCUGAUCGAUGUGUGCUCGCUCUCUGUUCCCCCUAUUCUAAUCACCCUGAUUCCCGCAUUCUCGAAUCAAAAAGCACGCAAAGUACGUGUCGUCGUUUCUUGCUGCGUCUCUCCAGAUCCACCGUCCCCUCCGGCACGCUUAUCUCUGUCCACCUCGUGGUUCUCUGCGUCUCUUUCUCUCGCCUGCUCUCUCUCUCUCUCCCGUCUUCUUGUUGUUCUACAGUUUAUUGCGUCCUCGCCCCGCCCCUCGAGUCUCUUCUCACGUAUUUUUUGGCCGUCCGCCAUCUGGCAGUCGUCGUUGUCUUACCGGGCAGGUCCUCCUCUUCCCCCGUCUCCAGAUCACAUCUCCGUCGGAUUUGUCCGGGUCACUCUUCCUCUUCUUCAUCCUCCUCUUCCUUUCCUUAGCCUAAAUACACUUCCAAUUCUUUCAGAUACCCAUAAACAUGUGCGACGAAGCCGCCCGUCUCGCAAAGAUCGGUCGUCAGGAGUACGACCUCAUCCGAAUCCACGACGCCCCAGAUUGCGAUGAGCAGACCAAGUUCGAGUGUGAUCUCGAAUUGGCUCGCUUUCAAAUCAUCCGCAGUCAAAUGGCUCUGGUUAGUUCGCAUUGAAACGCAUCCCUUCCAAACAAAACAACUUUGCAGAAAAACGUCUACAACGAAGAGUUCGUGACUCCGGCCAAGCUCCGAUAUCUCCGGGAUGACCUAGAAGCAGCCGAGGAGCACCUGAAGAAGCUGCUCGAGUCGGCGCAGUGA